UCAGAAGCGUGGUGGCGUGGUUUUCGUGGUCGCAAGAAAAUUGUGUGAUUUAUUGAAAAUUUCUGUGUAAAACGAAUCAAAAGUACUAUCAAAAAUGUCCGAAAGAGAAAAUAACGUGUACAAAGCAAAAUUGGCUGAGCAAGCUGAGCGCUACGACGAAAUGGUUGAUGCCAUGAAGAAAGUAGCCUCGCUCGAUGUCGAGCUCACCGUUGAGGAGCGAAACUUGUUGUCUGUCGCGUACAAAAAUGUCAUCGGUGCGCGCCGUGCCUCUUGGCGAAUCAUUUCGUCCAUUGAGCAAAAGGAGGAGAACAAGGGAGUCGAGGAGAAACUUGAAAUGAUCAAGAACUACCGUGCUCAAGUGGAAAAGGAAUUGCGUGACAUCUGCUCAGACAUUUUGGAAGUUUUGGAUAAACAUCUUAUCCCAUGCGCCUCCACUGGCGAAAGCAAGGUAUUCUACUACAAAAUGAAGGGUGAUUAUCAUCGUUAUUUGGCUGAAUUCGCAACUGGCAACGAUCGCAAAGAAGCCGCCGAAGCAUCAUUGGUCGCCUACAAGGCAGCCAGCGACAUCGCUAUGACUGAUUUACCUCCAACACACCCAAUCCGAUUGGGAUUAGCACUAAACUUUUCGGUCUUCUACUACGAAAUUUUGAACUCUCCUGACCGUGCCUGCCGUUUAGCAAAGGCUGCGUUCGAUGAUGCUAUCGCCGAAUUGGACACUCUGAGUGAGGAGAGUUACAAAGACUCGACACUUAUUAUGCAACUACUGAGAGAUAAUCUUACAUUAUGGACGUCUGACAUGCAGGGAGACGGCGAAGGUGAACAGAAAGAACAAGUCCAAGAUGUUGAAGACCAAGAUGUGUCGUAAAUGUGAAGUAUCCUUGUCCGAGCGUGUGAAUUUAUUUUAUUGAAAAAUAAUAUUAAGCAUUAUUACUAUAAGAUAUCUAUAAAUAAUAAGAUUUCAACAUCAAUAACAACUACAGCAUAUAAAUAUAAAGCAACAGCUGCAACAGCAUAAAAAAAUCAAUUAGAUGCAUGGAAAAAUACUGAGAACAAAUCCUUUUUCUUUUUUACAAACAAACAAAAAAAAACAUAAGAAAAAAAAUUAUUAUGAAACAACAUAGAAAAUUAAGCUUAAACUAAAAAAAAAAAUUCAUACACACACA